AGAGAGAGAGAGAGAAAGAGGAAGAUGGUGAACAUGAAUGGUAGAAACAAAUUAUUACCAUUUGUGGGAAUGAUUAUAGCUGUUUUAGCACAAAGUGGAAGCAUGGUUGUAAUUAAAGUUGCAAUGAAAGAUGGAAUGAACAAAUAUGUAUUGGUUGUGUAUUCCAUGGCACUUUCCACCAUCUUGCUUCUUCCUUUUGCCUUUUUUAUCAACAGAACUUUAGGACAGAUAAUGACUUAUGGUGGCAUAGAACUCAGCUCACCCACUCUUGCAUCAGCAAUGCUUAACCUCAUUCCAGCUUUCACUUUCGUACUUGCACUGCUUUUCAGGAUGGAAAAAAUAUACUGGAGACAUUCUAGAAGCCAAGCUAAAGUGGUAGGAACUAUAGCAUCAGUGGCUGGAGCAUUUGUUGUUAUAUUUUACAAGGGUCCACCAAUCUUCAAGAUACAUUCAUCAAGUUCUUACAACACACUUCAAUUUUCACCAAAUUUGAAUUGGAUUUUGGGUGGGUUGUUAUGUGCCGGGGAUUCUUUACUUUCAUCCAUAUGGUACAUAUAUCAGGUUUCGGUAACAAGGAAAUACCCUGCUGUAAUAGUCAUAGUCUUCUUCCAAGUAUUUUUUAUUACAAUUCAAUCAGGACUAUUUGCCUUAAUUGUGGUUAGAGAUCCAAGUGAAUGGGAACUAAAGCUUGAUAUGGGAUUGAUUGUCAUUUUUUACCAGGCAAUAGGUGCAAUAGGGAUUCGGUACUUACUACAAACAUGGUGCGUACAAAGAGCUGGUCCUCUGUUUUGUGCUAUGUUCAAGCCUGUGGGAAUCGUCUUCACUGUUUUAUUGGGUUCAAUUUUCCUAGGAGAUGAUUUCUAUCUUGGAAGUUUGAUUGGUGCGGUUAUAAUCGUGGUAGGAUUUUAUGCUGUGCAAUGGGGGAAAGCAUCAGAAGAGAAAGGGAUUCAAAACUUGGAGACACCGUGCAAUGUUGCUCCACUAUUACAAAACAAAGCAUAAUCUAAUCUAUAUGAAUCUAUCCUAGUAUAAAUGUGACGAUAUUGUAAAUAACUUAUUCCAUAUGGCAACUUCUAAGUAAUUUAACUUUGUGGUAGCCAUAUACCUGAAAAGGGCAGUACUAUAUGGCUACCACAUUCCCUUCUCUCAA